GUGCCUCGCUGCCUGCCCUCAAGCACUUGCUGCGACCGCCCCACGACUGCCGCCCAGCUCGGUCCGCGACCUCCCACCAACCUCGCUUCCCCGGCCUGACGGCGCUCACGGCUAGAUGCUCUUCCAGCAGCAUGUCGAAGGCCUCAUCAAGGCGCUGCGCGCGAGCAAGAACGACGAGGCCCGCGUCGUCCACCAGGCGCUCGACGAGACGCGCAAGGAGAUCAAGAGCAGCGACGCCGACAUCAAGGCCGCCGCAGUCCUCAAGCUCGUCUAUCUCGAGAUGCUCGGCUACUCGAUCUCGUUCGCCUCGUUCGCCAUCGUCGAGUGCAUGACGAGCACCAAGUUCCACCUCAAGUCGAUCGGCUACCUCGCAGCGUCCCAGUGCUUCGACCGCGACACUGAAGUGGCCGUUCUCGUCGUCAACCUCGUCAAGAAGGACCUCCUCACGCCGCCGACACCGCUCUUCUCGUCCUCGCCCAACGCGCUCACGGUCGCCCACCUCACCACGACCCUCUCGUCCGUCGCCCUCCUCCUGACGCCCACCCUCGCGCGCGACCUCGGACCCGACCUCAUCUCGCUCCUCACCCACACACGGCCCCUCAUCCGGCGCCAGGCGACCCUCAUCCUGUGGCGCGUCCUGCGCAGCUGGCCCGGCGUCCAGGAGCUCACGACCGGCCGCGAGGAGCGCGGCGAGGACCCGUGGAUCGAGCGCCUGCGCGAACGCCUCAGCGACGAGGACAUGGGCGUCGUCGGCGCCGCCGUCAACGUCAUCUGCGAGGCGGCGAGGCGCGACCCGGCCAAGUACUUGCCGCUCGCGCCCGAGCUCUUCAGCCUCUUGACGGCGAGCACCAACAACUGGAUGCUCAUCAAGAUCGUCAAGCUGUUUGCCGUCCUCACGCCCGAAGAGCCUCGCCUCGUCAAGAAGCUCCUCCCGCCGCUCACCGAGCUCAUCGAGACGACGCCCGCCAUGUCGCUCCUGUACGAGUGCAUCCAGACGUCGAUCGUCGGCGGCAUGCUCACCGGCGUCGAGGGCGAGGGCCUCGCACGGACCUGCGUCGAGAAGCUCGGCAGCUUUCUCGAGGACGUCGACCAGAACUUGCGGUACAUCGCCCUCGUCGCUCUCGUCAAGAUUGCCCCGACGCACCCGCACCUCAUCUCGACCCACUUCGACACGAUCCUCCAGUGCACCGACGACGCCGAUGUCUCGAUCCGCAUGCGCGCACUCGACCUCGUCGAGGUCAUGGUCGACCGCCACAACCUGCAGACGAUCGUCAAGCGCCUGUUGACGCACCUGCGCCCGUCGGCCGCCAACUCGACCGCCUCGGCCGCCGCGUCGCUCCUGCGCGCCCAGCAGGGCGUCGCGCCCGCCGCCCCCUCGCCGACCCUGUCGGCGUCGUACCGCGCGUCGCUCAUCCGCCUCAUCCUCCGCAUGACGUCGAGCGGCACCUACGCCAACGUGACCAACUUUGCGUGGCUCGUCGACACGCUCAUCGAGCUCGCGCGCAUCGCCCACGUCGGCGGGCAGAGUGCGGGCGCGCAGCUGCGGGACCAGCUCAUCGACGUCGCGGCGAGGGUGCGCGCCAUCCGGCCGUACGCGACCAAGCGCAUGGCGCAGCUCAUCAUGGACGAGGACCUGCUCGAGAGCGGCGGCGAGGGCGCAGAAGUUGCAGAGGUGCUCGGCGCGGCGGCGUGGAUCUGCGGCGAGUACUGCCGCGACCUCGAGGACCCGCGACCCGUCAUCGCCUCGCUCUUUGGCUCCAGCACGACCUCGUCCCUCCCGCCCUCGGUCCUCGCGCUGUACAUCCACAACGGCGUCAAGGUGUGCGCCUCGUGGCUCUCGGCGCUCGCCGACCCGUCAGCGUGGGACGAGUCGGCCCUCGAGCAGGUCCGCAGCAUCUCGAGCGCGCUCGAGAGUCAGCUCGAGCAGUGCGCCGCGAGCGCCGACAUCGAGCUGCAGGAGCGAGCGGCCGAACUCGGCGGGCUCUUGCGGCUCGUCCGCACCGGGCUCGACGCGCCGAGGCCCGUCAUCGCCGACGACGCGCUCCUCGGCGACGACGAGCCGAGCUCUGGCGCCGAGAGCGGCGGGUUCGCCGCUGCGCCGACGCGCCGAGGGCCGCCGUCGUCGCUCACCCUCCUCGAGCGCAUGUUCUUCUCGCACGAGCUCGGGCCCGUCAACCUCAAGGCGCAGGGCAUGGUCGCCCCGCCGGACGGUCUCGACCUCGACGCACCUCUCGCUGGCUCGACGUGGGACGCGGCGGCGGCGGCGGGCGCGCUCGGGCAGCCGGAGAAGGAGGGCGAGACGGACGAGUUUGGGCGGCCGCUGCGUGCGGCGGCGAGCGCGGCUGCGAGCGAGGCCAGGUCGAAGAAGAAGAAGGUCAAGGGCGAGAAGGGCUCGAGCGGCAAGAAGGGCAAGAAGAAGGACGACCCGGAGGCGGGCGCCAAGGCUCGUGCUCGGCGUCUCGAGGAUCAGCGCGACGACCCGUACUACGUCGGCGCCUCGUCGACAAGGCAGGCCGCCUCGGACGACGACGUCGACUCGAUCCCGAUCGUGCAGCUCGACCUCGACUUGCGGUCGCCGAGCCCGCCACCCCGAGAGCCGACACCUCCGCCCAUGCUCGUCAACGUCGAGGGCGAGCUCCCGCCCGUCCAGGCGCCCACGCCGGCCGCUCGGAGGACGCCCGAGCCCGUCGCCGUCGCCGUCCCUCCUGCCGAGGCCAAGGAGGCGGCGACACCAGAGCCGGACGCGCAGGCGGCGCAGAGCUCGGUCGUCAAGGUCGUCAAGAAGAAGAAGAAGGACGGGACGGGCACGAGCGGGGCGAAGAAGUCGAAGAAGAAGGCGAGCGCGGGCAGCGAGGCGGCGAGCGGAGCGGCGACACCGGUAGACUCGUGAGCUGUUGUCUAGCUGGAACUCGCAGUUCGUUUAUCGCGC